UCCACAGCAAUUUAGUGCAAAAAAAAAGAACUCUUCGCAUGCAAUUCAAAGAGGUAUAAAAAGAAGAGACUAGCUACCAGCUUGAGAGCAGAGUUCGGAACUUUCUCAGUGAAAAGAUAAAAAGAAAAUCAAGUGUUGAUCAUGAAGUGGAUUCUUGUGCUUUGCUUAACAUUCGGGAGUGUUUUAUGUGAUUCUAGUGAGAAGUAUACAAGUAGAUACGAUGAUAUGGAUCUUGAAAAUGUUUUGAGUAACUACAGGAUCCUGGAUAAUUAUAUAAAAUGUUUGGUAAAUGAAGGACCCUGUACUCCGGAUGCAAAGGAGUUAAAGAAUGUUCUCCCAGAUGCUCUUGAAUCAGAUUGCGCAAAAUGCACAGAUAAGCAGAGAAUUGGGACACAGAUAGUCCUCAAAUAUUUGAUUGACAAUCGUCCUGAUGCCUGGGAGAGUCUAGAGAAAGUCUACGAUUUUGCUGGGGUCUACAAGCAAAAGUAUCUCGAUGAUAAAACGGAUAAAACCACGACAAAUUCUCCUUGAGAGUAUUUUUCCUUUAAUUUUAUUCAAUUUACUGUACAAAAAAUGUUCAAUAAAUUUUAGAAAUUACACAUGAAAAUCA